UAUAUAUUAGAUAUAUAUCAUUAUGGCAUCCAAGACUGUUAGAAAAAUAAUAACUGCUGCCAAUGCACCAACACCCCGCGCACCUUACAGCCAGGGAGUUCAAGUUAAUAAUACAUUGUAUGUUUCUGGACAAAUUGGCAUAAACCCAGAAUCCAAAGAAAUUGUUCAAGGUGGUGCUGUUGCUGAAGCUGAUCAGGCUUUGAAAAAUAUUGGCGCCAUUUUGGAAGCUGCAAGUACUUCAUACGACAAUGUUGUAAAAUGCACAGUGCUGUUACAGAAUAUCAAUGAUUUUGCUGCUGUCAAUGAGGUGUAUGCUAAAUACUUUCCAAAUGUCAAACCAGCUAGGGCAGCUUACCAAGUUGCUGCUUUACCUUUGGGUGCAAAUGUUGAAAUUGAAGCCAUUGCAAUAGUUGGGGAAAUCGUUGAUGCCUGAACAGUCCAUUUAUUUUCUUUAUUGUUAAUAUUUUUCUAUUUUUAUUCUGGUCAUUUCAAAAGUAUUACUCAUAUGAAUACUAUACAGUUUGGCAAAAUAUUUAGUUCAUGUACAACCAAGACUUUGUACCGGUACUUUCAUUUUUUCUUAUUAGCUUUAUAUUUUAGAUUAUGUUGGAUGUUAACGUUUAUGCAUAAUAUUUUGUAUGUUCAAAAAUGCUGGAAUUUAAAAGGCAGCUUUAACUUCAUGAUGGCUUCAUCUGUAUCAAAUGUGGCAACAGCUGGUUCUUUUUAAUCUCAUAAAGAUCUGUCUUUUCUAAGUUGAACCUAGAAAAUAGCAAAUAAGUUGAAUGUUUUUUUUUUAUGUUAAGAUUUUUCUAUUCUCUGUUUGUCAAGUAGUCACAAGCCAAAAUGUCUGGUCAUCAUUACGAACCCUGAUUAUUGUGUGAAUAAUAUUUCUUUGUAUUAACAUUGUAUUUGAGUAAAUACCCUUACAAUUUGUUACAAAUAAUGUAAUUAUUUACUGUUACAUAUUCCAGAUUUAAUAUCAAAUGGCAAUGUAUCAUUCCAAAUGUUUGUUAUAAAACAAUACCAUUGCAAAUUCUUGAAAUAAAGAAAAGACAUACCCAGUA